CCUUUUUUAAAUGCGAAUCAGCACAUGUUCUCAUUAAACCCCCCACUUGCUGCUUCAUACCCUUCCUCUUUCGUUUCAUUCUCUUAACCCGUACCUCCUUGUCUUCAUCUCAUCAGUUGUUUACAAAUACAGAGAGAAGAUAAGAACCGAAUGUUUUGGUGAGACAAUCCGACGAGAUGAAGAUUCAGUGCAACGUAUGUGAGAUGGCGGAGGCGACGGUGCUUUGUUGCGCCGACGAGGCGGCUCUAUGUUGGAGUUGCGAUGAGAAGAUUCAUGCUGCCAAUAAGCUCGCCAGUAAGCAUCAGCGAGUUCUUCUUUCAAAUUCUAAUUCUCAGAUGCCUAAGUGUGAUAUCUGCCAGGAAACAGUUGGUUACUUCUUUUGUCUGGAAGACAGGGCUUUACUAUGCAGAAAAUGUGAUGUUGCAAUACAUACAGUCAACAGUUUUGUUUCAUCACACCAGAGGUUUCUGCUUACUGGAGUGAAAGUAGGACAAGAAGCUGCAGAACAUGGUGCACCAUUGACUUCCAGGAAGUCAACCAUCACCAAAACUAAUCUCCCUUUGUCUCCAGCUGAUGAAUACAACAAUCUGCCUCCAGUCCAAACUUCUGAAACUGACUAUUUUACCCCUACUCCUAGCUUGUCUCCUGUUGUAGGUUCUUCAGCUGAUGGUUUUGAAGAAUGGCAGUUUGAUGAUUAUCUUAGGGUUCUUACUGAUAUCAACCAGAACUACAACUGCAUCGAUAAUGUCCCUUCCAAGGUUAAUGAUGGGAACUGUUCACCAAUUCUAAAACGAAUGGAGGCCGAAUUAGAUGAAGGUUUAGGUCAGGUGCCCGAUGCAUCUUGGGCAGUUCCACAAAUGUGGCCCAAAAAUAACGAUGAUGAUCAUCAUCAUCAUCCCCACCAUGUGCCAGAUGUAUGCUACACACAUGUGCCAGAUGUAAAUCUAUAUCGUUCCUAUUAAAAAGUACAAGUAAGCGUAAAAAGGAGGAGACACUUGUAAUAAGUCCUCCUUUUCUUGUGGUCCUUUAGUGUUUAACUGUUAGUUGUUAGCUUUAAGUUCACGUUGUUCUGUGUGGUGUUUGUAGUCUAUAGAAUUAGUUCCAAAAAUGAAAAGUGUAUGAGUGGUGUACUGAGUGCCUUUUGCAAUAUGUUCCUCAAGUUAUCACUUGUAGAGCAUGAAGAUAAAUGUACACUUGCUUUAAGUUUAAAGAGAUGAUAUUGAAUUGUUAUACAAAAUGAUACCUGGGUACUACACCUGUUGGAUUAAAAAAAAAAAAUUAAACAUAAUAGGGAAGAAACUUAUUCAUUGC